UGACGUUAGUUACCCGUAGCAACUGUACUCGGCCCAUUGCACAGAUACCGUACCGCAAUGCAUGCCCCAUGCACGGUGGGACAGCCACCCCCAAGCUCAGCCUUCGACUCCCGGGAGCUCGCCGGCGCACGUACUCUCACGAUAUGGCUUAGCUUUAUAUGCACGUACCGGGCGCGUACCGUACGUCGAUCAUCAGUAAAUUUACAUAGCGUUGUCGAGACCGACCAUCUUUAGUUUGCAUUUGUGGAAGAGUAAAUUUAUCUGUGCCCGUGUAACAAUUUCAAGAAGUUAGAAGUGUAAAAGUGAGUGGAGCAGACGUUUACUGUGAAAUCAGAGAUCGUGCUUAGGCUAGAGGACGCCAACAUUACUUUGCAGAUGAAAUUAAAUUUAAUUCCGUGGAAGUUCGGUUGAGUCCAAGGCAAGGACAAGGCUCCCGCUUCUUCAAUAAAGUCCAACGCUGAUCUGCGCAAUAAUUAACACAAGCAGAAUCUGACAUUGACAUCACUGCACUUGCAAGAGCAACUUAUUUCAAAAGUCUUCAUUCGUUUUGUCAUCCUAAUCUUUAUUGAAUGGGAAAUAGAAAGAAUUCAACAAUGUAAUUCUUUCGCCUAGCAGUUCAGAAUUUAUGGAAUAGUCUAAAAAUAAAAGGACACUUCGUUCAGAGUUCAGUCAAGACUUUAAUAGAAUCCUAACUUUCUGGAACUUUUGACUUGGCAGUCUUCACUUUAUCAUGUAAUAUAGGAAUCUUCAUGUUUGCUGGUUUGUUCACCUGAGAAAAUUUUUGAAGGCUAAGCAAUGUUCAUUUUGUCAAAAUGAAAGGUUACAAGAAAAGGAAAUACAGAGCGAUUAUAAUACAAAACAAAAGAACUUUAUUCUCAAACUCUGCAACAACACAGCGGUAGGGUAGCGUAGGCCGUUCCCCGGAAGCGCCACCCCCCUCCCCCGAUGAAGGGCCCUGCCCUUGCGAUGGAGAAAUACGAAAGCUUUGGCCUGGUUGGGGAGGGAAGCUACGGUCAGGUGCUGAAAUGCCGGCACAAGGAAACCAACCAGGUGGUCGCCAUCAAGAAGUUUCUCGAGGGCGAGGAUGACAAGAUGGUGAAGAAGAUUGCCAUGAGAGAAGUUCGCAUGUUGAAGCAACUCCGACAUGAAAACCUGGUGAACUUAAUAGAGGUGUUUCGCCGGAAGAAGCGUCUUUACCUUGUCUUUGAGUUCAUGGACCACACGGUCCUCGAUGAGCUGGAGAAGUACCCCAUGGGGUUAGACGAGAACCUGGUCCGAAAAUACAUGUGGCAGAUACUCAAAGGAAUCGAAUUCUGUCACGUCAACAAUAUCAUUCAUAGAGACAUAAAGCCGGAGAACAUUCUGGUGUCCAAAUCCAAGGUGGUCAAACUCUGUGAUUUUGGCUUUGCCCGGACGAUCGCAGGCCCGGGUGAAAUCUACACAGAUUACGUCGCAACGAGAUGGUACCGAGCGCCCGAGUUACUCGUAGGAGAUACCAAAUAUGGAAAAGCAAUAGAUCUAUGGGCUGUGGGUUGCUUACAGGCUGAGAUGUUGACUGGUGAACCCCUGUUUCCCGGUGAUAGUGACAUUGAUCAACUCUAUCACAUCAUCAGGUGCUUUGGUACUCUGAUCCAGAGGCACAAAGAAAUCUUCCUGAAGAAUCCUCUCUUUGUUGGUAUGAGGUUACCGGAGGUCAAGAACGUUGAACCCCUGGAGAAGAGGUUUCCUACACUCUCUGGGCUCUCUAUCUCAAUGAUGAAGAGCUGUCUUCACUUAGACCCUGACCAAAGACCCACCUGUACCCAGUUCUUGAAGCAUGAGUUCUUCAAGAAGGAUGGCUUCUGUGACACUUUCCCCAGUGAGCUCAGCAUCAAGGUUCAGAAGGAAUUCGAAGGGAAUCCCCUCCUCAAGUCAUUGCUGGGUGAUGAGAAGGGAGACGAGGAGAAGAGAUCUAAGCAUCGGAGUAAGAAGCAAUCAAGUAGUGAAAAGAUGGAGAGAGAAAGAGAGAAGGAAAAGUCCAGAAAACGUCACUCAGAGACCGACAAGGUCAAGAGGUCAUCGACGCCUUCACGGGAUGGGCAUCAUGAGAGCAGCCCAAAGUAUGAUGCAAAGAAGAGCAACCCAUCCUCAAUGGCUGAGAUGCAGAAGAAGUCCUCCAUCGCCACCACGCCAUCCAACAGCACCGCCCCUUCCAUCCAACACAUCAGCUCCUCCAGCAAGCUACCCCAGCACAUAGGGGGUCACAACGGUCCCACCAACCACACCUCACACCAGUCGGGUCAGGGUUCAAGCCCCACCCAGACCACCAUCAAUCUCACCAUGGGCAAUAUCACCUCCAACAAGUCCAACUACUCCUCUACCGGUAUGGCAGGUCCUCCUCCUUUAAGGGCUAAUGACAAGAUGACAAAGAAGUCAACCAACUCUUACUACAAGAAGGUUGGUGCAUCGGGCAGCGAGAAGACAAUGAUCCAUGAGAAAACGCUCCAGUUUGAUGCCAUGAUGUCCAGCCAACGCAAAUCCAAAAAGGACGUCUCCAACACGUCGCCACGGGAGAGCGAUAGAGAAGUCACACACUUGCCAAACCUAACUGGGAAAGAUGCCAAGACAUCAGAGCGCCAGGAGAAGAAGGUGAAAUCGAAGAAGAGUCACCAUACCACUAUGCCUCAGAUUGCCAACCAAUCCGAACAUGGAGGUCAUGGGUUCAACGCCAAUGCCUCCUACUCGUCAACAGAUCACAAUCUACCUGCUGUAUAGCAAAGCAUGGUGUCAAGCCAUUUAGACAGUUCAGAGAAGUGUGCCUUUGAGGGAAAGCACUUCCUGCUGCAAAGACUUCUGGAACAGCCUUAACCUGUUGACUACUGGGAUCUGCAUUUGCCAUAGGCUUUGUGCAGGGACUAUUCAAUUCCAGUACGCAGUGGGUUAACACCGUAUUCAAGCAGGAAGAUGUGAAGUAAGAUUUUUUUAGGGUAAUCUUGAGGCAGAGAUGCUUGAUCUGGUAAAAACUCAUAAGCACAAAGUGCUCAUAAUACCUGAAGGAAAAAUGUUACCCAGAACAUCUGGCAUUGGAGUGGUUGCUGCUAUCAAACAGGAUGAACAUUUCCAAGAAAUGGGUUUCGUCACUCAGAUGAACAGAUUCCUGGCUUCUGUAUGACACUGCUGCCGUACCUAGUAGUGUCCAAAGAGUUUGGAUUAUAUUUAUAACUAAAUAGUGUAAACCAAAAGAUAUAUAAUCGUAUGAAAAUGUGCUACAUGCAAUGACCUGUAACAUGGCUUAUAAUGUCUGCGCUUCUUCCACUUAUGAAAAAAAAGUAUUCAACGGCGAGUUUUGACACGGGUCAACCAACUUAAAUCUUCCAAUCAAUUUAGGCUACCAUUGAAUCGCAGCAUCAGCCAUCUUUCCCGUUGUGUGUUCUUCAGUCUUCACCAAGGAAGCAAUCCUUGAUACAUUGUGCAGUCGUUCAUUUUGCUGUUCAUCCAUCCUUGAUCAUGACUGAAAGGCUUUCCUGAUGCUUCGCAAAACAGAUGUCCCAAACUUUGUAUUCUGCAGAGAAGCUAAUGCUGUAUUGCUCUUGAUUUUAUUCUUGGAUCGUUGUCACAACUUAGCAAUUCUUUACAAGCAGAGACGUUUACAACGAACUGUCAAUCGAUGCAGUCGGUCAGUUGCCUGCGAGUUGGAAAAAGGGUUUAGAUGAUUCUGUUGAGAAAUCAAGUCAAGAGCUGCUGUGAUUUGAUUUGAUUAUGAUGAGGUUGAAGUUGAGAUUAGCCUCUGCAGAAAAAAAGAAGAUAAUGUUAUACGAGUCUUGUCUUUUGCAAAUAUGGAACAACACAUAGGGAGCCUACCAAAGAAUCAAAAGAGAUGAGACCUGCAUCAAUUUUCUCAUGAAGGUCACAUGUCAUAUCAUGUGACUGAUCAGAUGACCUCCAAGCUGAUUCGCAUUUAUAUUCAUACAAGCAAUUAACGAGUGCAGCUUCGUGAACAUCAAUUACAGUGAACGUCAAUUAAGGAAUGAUACAUUUUGCAACUUAGAUCAUUUGUACUUUAAAGUAUAAAGAAUAUGCAAUAAUAUUUUCUUUAAGUGCUUGUUGUAUAAAAGAAAUAUGUGCUAAGAUUUGUUCUAUAAAUCAUCAUCACCCUUUCCUAAGAAUCCAUUUAGAUAUUGGAAGUUAUUUGUGAAGUUGAAUUCACUGUAUAGCAUUACCUUUUUUCUCUAUCUGAAAUUUAUAAUUUUGUAAAUAAAAGUUUAGUAUUAUUGACAGAUUUCAUUUCAGUGAAAAUCUUUUAUCACUUUUAGUGCUGAAUGAAGGUGUUACUGCAUGAAGAAACAUAGAAUAUUGAUUUUUUUCUGACUCAAUUAUUAUGUGUAUCAUUAGAAUUCUAUUUUGAAUUGCUUCAGUAUCCUUUGAUACUAACUUUCAAUGUUUCUAAGAUUAAUCUUGAAUACUUAGUUUAUCACAGUAGGUGUGAAGUUUGAAAUGAGCAUGAUGUCUCAGUCUUUUCUGUUAACAGUAGGCAAUUUUUUAAAUCCAUGAUCUUUAAAUCGACAAUGCUUCAACAAGAAACAAAGCCAAUUUAUUUGAGUAAUCUCCAAGCAUCAGAAGUAGUGCGGGUGAUAUUAGAUAUUUGAAUUGUUUGAUAUUGAAAAAAUGUUGCAUAUUCAUUAGGUUUGAUUAUGUCGAUAGAUCUUGAUAACACAAUAUGCCCAAAAUAUUUUGAUUAUUAAAACUUCAUCACUAUUUAUUGACCAAAAAAGCUGCUCUGUAUUAUUUUAAACCAACUCAGAAUUUUGUUAGUUGGUUCCCAAAUACCCACGUUUCAUAGACAAGCCCCGAUUGAAAGUUUUGCUUUCAUUUCCCCCUUCCCUGCUCUCACAAAAUUUGCAGCUCAUAAUGAAUCAAUAUAAUCAAUUUUCAGACUUGUCGAUAUAUCGUGUUAUUGGCGAUAUGUUGCUGGCGAUAAUCAACUGACAUAGAAAUCAAAUAUCGACCAGCACUAACCAGGCCCCGUUGCAUAAAAGUUACUUUUAUGAUACUACCAUGGUAAUGCAGAUCAACAACCAAUCAAAAUCAAGGAUUCCAUGCAAGUUACCAUUGCAUCGCAAAUAUGCAACAGGGCCCAGAAUCGUUAAAUAUAUUUUUUAGUCCACCCACCGAAUACGCAAUUUGUAAUGUUGACAAAAAAAUUGUUUUCAGACUAUACAUGUAUGUAGCCUUUUUAUGUCACACUUGAGUAUUACAUUUCCCUCUUCAUAAUGACAUUUAAAAUGUCUGUAAGUUGUUUAUUUUUCCCUAGGCAUUUGAUGUUCUUAAUUAUUUUUCCAGCAAAGAAUAAGUAUUAGUCCAAAUUUGGUCACUGAGUAUUGUAACUAAUGUAAUUAGUCCUAAUCUUAAUUGAUAACACUAUAGAUAAUAUGAAAGAGUUCUUUCUGUAUUUCAUGACUGGUUUUGUACAUAGCAACAGUCAAGACUUUUUAAAAGCUUGCGCUUGGGUGUGUGUAUAUAUAUAUAUCUAUGUUUUUUUUUCCAGGUAUUAAAUGAAAUUCUCUGAAAUGUUUUUUUUUUAUGGCUCUGUGCUAAAGACACCUCAUUUGAUACAUUGCUGUGUGCUGCUUAUCACUAGAGAUAUAUCACACUAUGAUAUGCAUUUGGUUUUGAAUUUUGUGCUUCAGAAGGUCAGAUAUUUUCACAGGUCAGGGUCAAGGGUCACAAAGGGCAUGUCAAAGGUCAAUCUAUAGUACAUUGAUGCAAUUUGAGGCAGUGUAUGGUUUUGGUUUAUCAACAGAAUUAGAUUGCUUUCCUAAAGAACUUACCUGGUUAGCCAACAUUUGAUUGAAGUAGCUCAGCUACUUAAAUGAUGAAUGAUAUUUACCCACAAUUACCAUGCUCAGUGCUUUAUUUUAGUGUAGCGUGGUGGUCUAGUGGUUUUGCCUGGCUUUUCAAUCAGAGAGUCAUGGGUCCAAAUCCCAUCCUGGUGAAAGGGACUAUGUAUGUUUUAUGAUAUUUCAAGGCAGACUUCUUGUCUGCAACUCAUUAAAACCUAACUUGUUUACAAUAUCUUGAUGGGCAAUAUAUCAUGUACCCACCAUCGUCUAUUCAUGGAAGUUUCAAAAUAAAAAUAUUUCAUCAUUGAAGUCCCAUCAGUUCUAGUAUGGUAUACUUACAGAGAAUGUGAAAAGCAUUUAUCUGCUUAAUUGAUUAAGUAGUUUAUUUCUGCCCUGCCUUAAAUAUUUUAUUGAAAUACAUCCAUGUACUAUAGGACACCAUUUUGACAACCUUCUGUGAUUUUGUUUUUUCACUAUCCUUCAUGUAACAAGACUUGAACGUGGAUGAGGAUCUUGCUUUUGGGGAUCUUUUCUUGACCCUUGCUUUUGUGUGUUGGAACUGUUUAAUUUCAAGACUAUCAAUAUAUUUUAUUAUUUUU